GAGAACGUGCGCUCUGUUUGUGUCCGGCUCUGAUAAUACAGUCACGUGGAGAGGAAUGUAAUCGGCAUGUAUUUGUGCGGUGUUCGGUUCUGCCGAGGCCCAGCUUCUCUCAGACGAAUCUGCAGUUUAUUCUGGAGACGAGACAAAUGAAGACAGCAUGAAAGAGGUGGAUUAUUAUCGGGAGCAGGGUGGAGAAAGUCUGGAUUUAGAAGAAAAACCUGAUAUUAAAACCCUCGGAGUCCAGCCGGAGCAGGACGCUAAUGUAAACCAAACCUCUGAUAUCCCACAGCUGUUGGUUAUUAAAAAAGAAGAAGUUUCUCCUGAAUGUAUCCAAACUCUGGAGCAGCAAUACCCAAACCUCCACAUAAAGGAAGAGCAGGAGGAAACCUGGAGCACUCAGGAGGAAAAGCCACCUAAUGGGCUCCUCGUCACGGGUGUUCCAAUAAAGAGUGAAGAUGAUGAUGAUUUGAAACCUCAGUUGUCAGAGCUGCAUCAAAGCCAAAUCUUUAAAAAAGAGGUUAAAGUUGAAGUUAAAAAAGAGGAAGAGGAUGAGCCUCCAAUCAGCAGCUCAGCUAAUCACAUAAAAACAGAAACAGGUGGAGCACCAGAAACGACCAGAAACUCAGAUCCACGCAGAGAUUCAGAGCCUAAUACUGAUAAACAAGCUUCAGCUGCUUUUGAGGCAGAAGUCAGUGUUGAUGGCAACAACAGUGAUGAUGAUGCUACUGAUGAUGAUGAUGAAUGGGAGGAACCUUUGUCCAACUGUCGACCUAAAACUAAAGACAGAGACAGUAAUCGGAAGGAGUCGGAUUUAAAUCCUGCUAAAACAUCCUUCAGCUGCUCCGAGUGCGGUAAAGACUUUCUCUCCAAGCAGUGUCUUCAGAGUCACGUGAUAAGUCAUUCAGGAAGAACACCUUCCAGCCAUCUGCUUAAUAAGAAAUGCUCCAGAGUGAAGCAGAAAGCAGAUUCAAAGACGAGCGUAGACAAAGGAGAGAAACGAUACGUCUGCAAUGACUGCGGACACAGAUUCAGACAUCGCUUUAAUCUUAAAAGACACAUGAGAGUUCACACAGGAGAGAAUCCUUUUAGUUGUGACAUUUGCGGUAGAAGAUUUAAACAGCAGUGCAGUCUCAAAAGACACACCAGACGCCACAAAGGAGAGAAAUCAUUUAAUUGCGAUGUUUGUGAUAAAAGAUUUAAUGUAAAGGAUGAUCUCAGGCAACACAUGAAGUGCCACACAGGAGAGAAACCGUUUGGCUGUCAGCUUUGUGGAAAAACCUACAGGGCUCAAUGUGGGCUUAAGAGGCAUAUGAUAGUCCACUCAGGAGAGAGACCAUUCCACUGUGAUAUUUGUGGUAAAACAUUUAAUGAAAAGAAGUCGCUUAGUAAACAUGGAAUAAUUCACACAGGAGAGAAACCAUUCGGUUGUGAUGUUUGUGGUAAAAAAUUUAGACAUCAGUGUAACGUCAAAACACAUAUGAGAAUCCACACAGGAGAGAAACCAUUUGGUUGCAACAAGUGUGAACGGAAAUUUAACCAAAGUGUACUUCUUAAGAAACACAUGAAAGUUCACACUGAGGAGAGUUCUUUAUGAGGGGCUGGUUAGCUGGUUAGAGAAAACCAAAACUCCUGUUUGGAGGUGACGGGGUGUAGAUAUGUAAAAGUAACUAAUAUCAUAACAUUGACCUUCUUUGUUAGCCCAGGCUUGUUGCUUCAGAAUCUCUGAGCGCUCACUGAAAAGCUGGUGUUUGACAUGUCAUCUCAUCCUUCUUUCAUAUAAAAUCAACCAAUUGAGCACUACCUGCCUGCUUAAAUCAGAGACUUCAGGGGAACGGUAUAAAAUUAAUAUUCUUGUGAAUAGGUAAGUUAAUACACUGCUUAAGUCUUAAGUCACAUAUAUACAAUUAGAGCUGGGUAUCGUCACUGAUUUCUACAAUCCUCGAUUCGAUUCACUUCAAUUUUGAGACAGUCAGAAAUAUUAUAAUUCUGAUCAUUUAUCAGUACUGACGCUUGUGAGACUUCAUCAGAGGUGUAAGCCUCAGAGCAGAUGCCUUUGUGUCAAAGUAACUGACGAUGAAACACAGAAAAACACAAAGGAGAUUUUCCUGGCCUGGCUUUUUAUAGCAGAUAACCUUAAAAAUAUUCUGCAGUGGGUCAAAAACUGAAGAAAACCAUGAAUCAACAACAACUACAUUACCUGAUGCUGCUGAAGUGAAGCAGAGCAAAGUUACAGAGGCUUAAUUAGAGACACAGCGUUUUGCAAUUUGGCAUAACUUGUAAAAGUUUAAAUGUCUUCAGUAUUGAACAGCAGAAAUUAGACUGUCAUGUCGGAGGUCCUUAAAAAAAACCCUACCGCCUGGCAGCAUUGUACACAACAGUAGACUGGUGCUUAAUAAGCAAGCAAAUAAUGCAGAAAACAAAGAUUUUAGAUGGGAAGCUGUUCUUGAAGUACACUGAGAGAGAAAGAGCUGUGCAGGAAAUGUGUUAUUUUAUUGUGGUGGAAGCAAAACAGCAAAAGUAAGACAGAAUUCAUGACUAUGUUUAUAAAAGUGAAGCGUAGAUUUGAUCUUCUUUUGCUGCUGGUUCAGUGAAAACCUGCAGCUUCAGAAUCUCUGAGAUGUUGAAUUUCAGCCCCGAUGGUGUGUCCGUGUACAUGCCAUCGAGUGAACGAUCCGUCUUUGUGCAGAAUCCGUUUACCUGCUCUCAUUUACUUUUUUAGCUGUUUGGCGGUUGUUGAAAUAGUUUUGUGAGCUUAAACCUGAGAUUCUGUCUAAAAUUGAUUUGAAUCGGAAAAUUGAUUUUUGAAACCCACCCCUAUAUACAAUGUGAAAUUUGUUGACAAGAAAAUGUAACAAUUCUCAGUGAAAACCAAAAAAAUCAUGUUAUGUAAAGUGUCAUAAUGUGUGGAAUGGAACUGUGUCUGUGACCACAGGACCCACUGAAGGAUGAUGGGAUGAUGCAUAACAGCAGUCAGGGUCCUGUGGGACAUGUUAUCAUUUGGAAAUGAUUAAAUUGUAUUAUUUUAUUACGCAUUUCCAUAUUAAAUACCAGAUUUUGUAUUCAAUAUAGAAAUACUUUUUAGAACUACUUCAAAAAUGUGUUAUGAAUGUAUAAUUAUUUCAGAUUCUACUCGUUGUCACUGGAUAAGAAUGUUAGUGUUAUGUUUUUAUUGCCAUGUGUGCAUAUUUGUGCUUUUUAUAUGAUUUUGGUGUACAUUAAAUGUUGUUAAACAA